GGAACGCGCCGCUGCUCUCUAGCGUCGCGCGCAGGUAGAGUGCCCCCGCGGCCCAGAUCGGCUUCGGCGUCGCGGUGUUGUUCGCCAUCUGCACGAUGAGCGGGACCGCGGCGUCGACCCAAUUAUCCACGCUCAUUUGCAUGAUUCAUAUUCGUCUUAUACCGAGUUCGACGGCAGAGCCUCUGCGUGCCAGUACCACCAGCUCGACGCCUCCUCUUCUUUGUCGCAAGGCGCUGGUCCGCCUGUUCAAACAACAACUCAUCAUAAAUUUAUCGACGCUCCUUCCUAUGACAUUCUUCUUACUGUAGCC